UUGUUCAUGAAUAAGGCGCAAUUUCACCUCACUGCUUUGAAUCGAUAAACAAAUCUCUGCUGCUGCUCGCUCUGGAUUGUCGUCUUCAUCCAAUCAAUUCAAUAUUUUGAUGUUUAAAAUCUCUAAUUAAAAUUUGAUCGGCUGGUUGUGUUUUAUCUGCAAAUCCACUUGUUGAAUUCAGAGCAUAUCUGAAUGUUUUCUUCUCGAAUUGUUCCUUUGUUUCACUCUGUAAAUUGAUCACUUCGGUCUUUUAUAAUCUGUAUCUCUGGCUUUCAUCUUUAAUUUUUGGGGAUUUUGCUCAUAGUAUGUUGAUCGCAGCUUAGAUCUCUGUUUAGCUCCGGAAUUCGUUUUCUGAUCUGGAAAUUCCGCGAUUGAGCUGCAGCAGUGUGCUAAACUGAGCUCAAUUUCGCCCAAAUUUGUUGAGAUUAGGGUUUGGGUUUUGAAAGAUCAAUAUCUGAGAUUGUGCUUGGGAAAAGGGGCGACAUGGAUAAAUACGAGCUGGUGAAGGACAUAGGGUCUGGAAAUUUUGGUGUGGCGAGGCUUAUGAGGGAUAAGGAGACUAAAGCCUAUGUUGCCAUGAAAUACAUUGAAAGAGGACCCAAGAUUGAUGAGAAUGUGGCUCGAGAAAUCAUAAAUCAUAGGUCGCUCCGACAUCCUAAUAUUAUUAGAUUCAAGGAGGUGGUUCUAACGCCGACUCAUCUAGCUAUUGUGAUGGAAUAUGCUGCCGGAGGAGAGCUCUUUGAGAGAAUCUGCAGCGCCGGACGAUUCAGCGAAGAUGAGGCGAGGUACUUCUUUCAGCAGCUGAUUUCAGGGGUCGACUACUGCCACUUCAUGCAAAUAUGCCAUCGCGAUUUAAAGUUAGAGAACACUCUACUAGAUGGUAGCCCCGCGCCAUGCCUGAAAAUAUGCGAUUUUGGUUACUCCAAGUCAUCAUUGCUUCACUCGAGGCCGAAAUCAACGGUCGGAACUCCUGCUUAUAUAGCUCCUGAGGUUCUGUCUAGAAAAGAAUACGAUGGGAAGCUGGCUGAUGUAUGGUCAUGUGGUGUGACACUAUAUGUAAUGUUGGUUGGAGCAUAUCCUUUCGAAGAUCCUUCGGAUCCGAGAAACUUCCGGAAGACUAUCCAAAGGAUAAUGGCUGUUCAGUACAAGAUCCCCGACUACGUCCAUAUCUCUCAAGAGUGCAAAGACCUUCUCUCUCGAAUAUUUGUCGCCAAUUCGUCUAAGCUGCAGAGAAUCACAAUCAAGGAAAUCAAGUCGCACCCGUGGUUUCUGAAGAAUCUGCCGAGAGAAUUAACAGAUGCAGCUCAAGCAGUGUAUUAUCGUAAAGAAAAUCCGACAUAUUCCCUCCAAUCUGUGGACGAGAUAAUGAAGAUCGUGGAAGAGGCUAAAAUCCCCGCCCAAGCAUCGAGCUUGGUUGGGGGAUUCGGGUGGGGAGGCGAAGGGGAGGAUGAUAUUAAGGAAGAGGAAGUCGAAGAAGACGAAGAAGAUGAGUAUGAAAAGCAAGUGAAGGCUGCUCAUGCAAGCGGCGAGGUUCGUCCCGCCUGAGGCCUACCGGUAUCGGUAUCGUAUCGAACUUUUUUCUUUAUUUAUUAUUUUUUUUUUAAAAAAAAGAAAAUUAUGUUUCAUUGUUUGUUAUGUGGUGUGUGUAAUUAAUUAGACAAUGUUUUGGCAUUUGGUUGUUUAGGAGGCAUAUUUGUGUGUUGGCUAUAUUUACAUGGAUGGGUAUGUUUUUGUGUA